AUGGAUGAUCAAUCCCUAAGAGUGGAAUUCCUCCCUUACGACUCUCUUGAAGAAAGGUUGGAGUUCGUCAACGAAUGCAUUGGUGACAUUCCUGCAAUUCUGUACUCGGCAGAAUUCGAAGACUUAGAUUUAUGCCAGGAGCUCGUGAAUACAAAGGGAGUAGAUGUCAACGAAAGGGAUGAAAAUGGCUUCGACGUCUACCAUUGCGCAGCCCAGAAUCAAACCUGCGACUUGGACCUGCUCGAUUUCUUCGUGUCCUGUGGAGCAACAAUGCAAAGAAGAAAUUUCACUGACGUUGAUGCAGUCAAUUUCGCUCUGGAACGCUGGAAUUUUAAGUUUGCCUUCAAGCUGUUUGAUUUGUACGAAUCCGAGGAGAGCUUUCUCCUGCAUUGCAUUUGUAGCAACCUAGAUUCGUUGAAACUCGCUUUUGGGCAGGACCCUUCUGUGGUCAAAGUGAAGGGCAGUGACGAAUUCGACACGCGAAUUUUGAAGGAGGCGGCCCGGUUCAAAGAUUUGGAGACAUUCGAGUGGCUCGUCGAGGUAGCCAGCAGCUUCGUCGGAGAUUUAUUCAAGAGUAAAGAAUGGCAAAUCGAAAUUCUCAGGGAAGCUUCUCGCAAUGAUGAACAUGGUGAGGCAAUCGCCGCCUUCAUAUUUGCUUCUUUCCCCAGGACCUCGAGCGAAAAUGAUUUGACACAAGUUCUCACGGAUAUCAUUCUGAGAGGAAACUUGGAAGUCGCCAAUUUAUUGGUGGAUAAAGGUGCCAACCUGAAUGUGCGCAUGAAAGGGCAAAUAUCCCUCUUUCAGCACUGCGUGGCCAUGAAUUCAGUCAGGGCCGCCAAAUUCGUGUACCAACGGCACCCUGAGAUGGUAAACACACGCACGGUGAUUCGCGCAGCUUGCCAGGCAAACGUUGAAAUGUGCGAGUGGCUGCUUGGACUUCCCAAGGACCCCAACCUUUGUGAUCAAGCACCCUUGUUUUUUCAGGGCGUUUUGAGUAACAUAGAGCACGGCGCAGAAAUCAUUCGUCGCUUUGAGUCAAAAGUGCGUGCGCGUGUAAAUGAACCUUUCAAAAGGUUCGAUCCCGUCGGUCCCUUACUUCCACUCUAUGCGGCCAUGAAAAUUGAAAACCUUGAGGCUGCAGAGGCGUUGCUCGAGAUGGGCGCCGAUUUGAACGUGAAACUUCAGGGCGUUAUAAAUUUGCUGCUCUACUGCUUAGGGAUUAAUUUUCUAGGAGGCGCAAAAUUUGUGUAUUCUAAGGACAAGAGCCAGCUGGACGGUAAAUUCAAGGGCGCCGCUAUGCUAAUCGCCACGAAGUAUGGAAACCAAGAAAUGAAGCAAUGGCUAAAUGACGUUCUGCCACCCACUCAGGACUGA